UCUCAUAAUCUUGAGCGCAAUUUGGAGAAGUACUGUAGCUAGCUGGCUUUGACUGUGCAGAAUUUUAGGUGAAAACUCUCACAUGUUCUGUCCAGAUACUGCAACCCGUUACCGGGAAAGUGAACAAAUAAAUAUGUGUCUGGAUGAUUAAUAUUUUGAAGGUCCUUAUAUAAGUAGAUGUUCACAAAUUAGUCCUAUUUAUUCUGGUAAAGCAGUCUUUGGAGAAGAACAAGGUGUUGUUUUCGCCAUGGAUAUGGAACGACAGAAACGAAGGGAGGAAAUCCAGAAAGCUAUGGGCUUUAUUCAGUCCUCCUUGCCUUUCCCAGAGCCUGAGAAUUAUGCGGCUUUUUUGACCCAGUUGGUGUGUAACUUGCUGGACGAGGGAAACACAGUGUUUCGGGAUGGGGAAUGGAGGCAGGCAGCGCAGCAUUACAGUGAGGGAGUCAACGUGGCCCGCUAUGCUCAGGCAGAGGCACUGGUCAUUCCCCCUGAGCUUCUGGAGAGCCUCUAUGUCAACAGGGCAGCGGCACACUCUCAGUUUGGGGAGUUUGAGCGGGGCAUACAGGACUGUGAUAGCGCGCUGUGCGUGUGUGAGGGCAGUCGCAGGGCUCUCUACAGGAAAACUCUAUGUCUGAGAGAACUGGGCCGGCUCAGGGAGGCCUAUGAGUGUGGCACCGGGUGCCUGCUCACUGCCCCACAUGACAGGCAGGUGGGUGAACUGGCCCAGGACCUGGCUAAUAAACUGGGCCUGAAGGUUCGUAAGGCCUACAUCAGCUCUCAGGUGGAGUCCUCAACGUCAGGGAGGGAGAGCAAUAGAGAGAAUUCUUCACCCACAGGAGAGACGUCCGCCAACGGGCUAGAAUCUUUGACUGACAUUGCAUCAGCUGAUCUGUCCAGUGCCCAGUGUAUCCCUGCCCCUCUGGCCACGCCCAUCCCUGUCAGCGACGAGCCCUCGAGCCCAGUGGCCAUGCCCUGUGCUGACCUAUCAGAGAGCCCCAGUACGGUCCUACCGCCCAUGCCCUACUCCGUUCCCGUGUCGGAGCACAUGGAGGAGUGCAGCGUGAUCGCUGACGAUCUGGACAGCCUGCUGGGGGACUGCAUCUCCAAGAAAGUCAGCGAGUCACAAAGCCCAGUCCAGGGUGCUAUCCCCACCAACCUCCCCAACACAGCUGUGGGUCUGCACCCCCCAUACUCCUCCAGCCUCCCCGCCCCCUCGCCCCAGCUCCCCCCUGCCUUCUUCAGCUCCUCGGUCAGUCAGAUGCCCUCCUUGGAGCCUUACCCCUCACUGGGCCAGAGGGACCAGACCUCCACACAGGCGCUGGACGCCCUGGGGGCCUUCUCCCCGGGGACAGGGGACAUGGAGGGUAAAGGAGGGGUUGGAAUUGGAGGCCUGGACUCACUCUCUGAGUACACUUUGCCUGGGGGAAGAAUCUCUCACAGCUUCAUCCCUGGGAUCUGCAACCACAGCUCCACUCACACGAAUGUCCCAGCAGGUACUAACCUCUCCCUGCUCUCCCGGAACCCACUGGCUGCCACCCACGAGUUCAGACAGGCCUGCCAUGCCUGUUACAGCCGCAUAGGUCCACGGGUGAUUGACUACCAGUACCAGCCAGAGGCGGCUCACCGCUGUAAGAGGGACGUGCUGCUGUGUCGCUUUAAAAACACAGACGACCCCACAUGGAAGAGAGUCAGGCCUCGCCCCGCUAGAAACAACUUCCUUGGGGCCUUUGUGCUCUGCAAAGAGGUCCAGGAGCGUCAGGAGUGCCAGUAUGGGGAGAACUGCACGUUUGCAUACUGCCAGGAGGAAAUAGACGUGUGGACCCAGGAGAGGAAGGGGGCUCUGAGCAGGGAGCUGCUGUUUGACCCGCUGGGAAGCACUGAGAGACGGGCACUCAGCGUCACACGCCUGCUGCAGCUACACAUGGGCAUGUUCAUGUUCCUCUGUGAGGAAUGUUUUGACAGUAAGCCUCGCAUUAUCAGCAAACGCAGCAAAGAGAACUUGGCUGUCUGCUCAAACCUCACCGCCCGACAUCCCUUCGAUGAUAACAAGUGCCUAGUGCAUGUGGUGCGUUCGGCCAACGUGCGCUACAGUAAGGUGCGCCCGCUGCACCCCCUCUGCCAGUUUGACGUGUGUCGCCACGAGGUGCGUUACGGCUGCCAGCGCGAGGACAGCUGCUCCUUCGCCCACUCCGUCAUAGAACUCAAGUGCUGGGUACUGCAGCAGGACACAGGUAUCACCCACGAGGAGAUGGUACAGGAGUCCAAGAGGCACUGGUACAGGCUAGAGCAAAAUGCUCAGAGACAGAAGGUGAGCGUGAGAUGGGCACCAUACAAUCUCGGGGGUGGAGGGGUUGGCUCUGGAGGUGGAGGAGUUGGAGGAGGAGGGAGAGGCAGAGGGCUGAACCUGAAGAUGAAGUUUGUCUGUGGCCAGUGUUGGAGGGACGGACAGGUCAAUGAACCAGACAAGGCCCUCAAGUACUGCACUGCUAAAGCAAGGCACAGCUGGACUAAGGAGCGUCGGGUAUUGCUUGUGAAAUCCUUUGAGAAGAAGAAGUGGGUUGUUGUGCGGCCGCUUCCCUUCUCCCGUACAUACCCACAGCAGUACGACAUGUGUGUCCAUGUGAUGAAGCAGAAGAAGUGCCACUACAUCGGAAAUUGUUCCUUCGCCCACAGUCUGGAGGAGAGGGACGUCUGGACGUACAUGAAGGACAACAGCUUGAGGGACAUGCAGCAGAUGUAUGACAUGUGGCUCACGAUGACCAAUCAGAACAGACGCACUGACAGAAGCCUCAUGACCCCGCCUCCGGAGGAGAAACAGGUUUCGAUGACAACCGACUACACCGAGUCAUUGUCUGGGCAGCGGUUGUCGGAAGGAGGAGAUAUGUGAGUGUUGUCGUGCUGAGGAGGAGCUGGCCCUGGAGACGUGGACAGGAGACCCCGCUCCCACUACACCAGAGACCAGCUACAGUACCUACCGCCUGUGACGUCAGUCUGAAUGCAAACACACAUACACACCUUACAGUACAACAAAUUGCUGUUGCAACGGGCACCAACUCGUGUGACGCACACACACAGAAAGUUGUGUAUAAGAACAUUCACGCCCAUAAUCUGAAGGGUUUGGCAGUUAACUUCAAUCUGAACCUCAGUGUAUCUCUAACGCUGCAGAUGUCAAUGUACUUUAUAUGUGUCCAUUAUAUUACCAUUGAAGGCAAAUAUCGAAUUGUCAGCAAAAAGAAAAGGCCCCAAAGUCGCCCCUUCUAACGAAUACGGAGUGGCUGUGUGGCCGAUACUUCUUCCUGGUGACUAAACAACUGAACAAAUUAGCCUGCAUAAUAUAUUUAAAAAAAAACGUUUUUUGAAGUUCGUUCAAAUCGCCCUAGUUUUUUUAAAUUUCAGCUGUGAUUCGGUUGUUUAGCUCUGGGAAUGAGGCGCCCAGGGGGGCAGUACAUGGGCAGAAUGGGGUGGUUGGAUUCGGUCGUGCAGCAUCAACCUUAAAAAUAAGCCCCUUAUCUAUGUAGCUAGGGGCAAAUGUCUACAACCAAAUCCUACCCUCCUUCCCUUGUGGGAACGUAGAAAGAGGGAGAGAGAAAUCGGACAGAAAUGGUUUGUACGCCAUUUUGUUUGUCCAUGAGAGUUGGUGCUUCACUCUAUUCGUCUGCCAUAUUGGUAGAGUAUGAAUGUAAAGCCAGUCGUUAUGAGGAAGUCAUAAAAAUAAUUAUGGUUGUGGAAUGUAUUCGGAAUACCCAAGACAAAUCUUAUAUAACAUUUAAAAUGACCCCCUAUCCCCCCUUUUAUUAAUAGAAAUGGCACAGUAGUCUUGGUUAUAUACUGUAAGCAAGCUAGGCAGCCCUACCUGUGGCCAGCAACGACACGUAUACACAUUCACAUACACACUGAGUAGGCUCAGAAUGGAGCAGUUUCAUAAUAUUGCAUUGGAGGGCUAUAGGGAGUGACUGCAGACUCUUCACUCAGACCCAAUCAAACAACAUACUGUACCGUAUGCUUAAAACCUGGAGUUUUCACGGACUACAUGAACAAGUCUGCGUCCUCCUAGUUAUAGCCACUCUAUAACAAGGCUCUAGAUGUUAUCCGGGUCAGGUGACGUGACUUCAUCUGGCAUGUCUACCACCAGUUUAACUAGGAUCAAGUGAGGUUACCUUUGCCCUGUUAGCCCUCCAAUGUAAACCUAUGCUGAUUUAGCCAGGGAGAAAAGAUAUGCUCCAAAUUACAAAGACUGAGUACAGGGACAAUACAUGGGGUUAAGAUGCAUAUGACAGAACAUUAGGGAUUCCAAUAAGGGAUUCCACAAGAAAGGGGAGGGAUUGUAGGGUAGUACAGCAGGAUGGAUCUUGAAUGGAUCUUGUAGUAUUUUGGCUUGGUCACAUGGGUGGUCAGGUUAGGGGAUGGGCACUGGACAGGUAGCUGGAUCCUGGGGUGGGUGGGCACUGGACAGGUAGCUGGAUCCUGGGGUGGGUUGGUGGCUGACAGGCUUGGGUAUUGUGAGAGAGGGAGGGCAUUAUGGAAGCAAUGAUGAAUACAUAAAAAGUAAAAUGACUACCCAUAAUGUAGGCUAAAGAAGACUGGCUAUCUAUAAUGUAGGCUGACUACCCAUAAUGUUGGCUAGUGAGACUGAUUUUGUGUGUGUGUGUGUGUAUAUAUAUAUAUAUAUACACACACACACACACACACACACACACACACACACACACACACACACACACAUAUAUAUAUAUAUAUGCACAUACACUAACAUUAAUUCACAAAAUAUAUCUAGGCAGGACAGGUUUUUCCCAUAUGGCCAGCAUCUCGUUCCCUUAUACCCGCACCAGACAUUAUGUAAUGGAGGUAUGUCUCUUCAUAUACAUUAUAUAUACAUAUUUACAGAUAAUGGUAUACUACUAAAGAUAAUUGAUAACUUAGCAGUUAAGCUUAAUUAAAUAUAACCUAAAACUUGUAUUGAUUACAUAGAACCUCUUGUUAUUGAGCUAUGCUAUAUGACAUGUAUCGCUGAACUAGAUGACUAGUGAUUUUAUUGCUUCUGUGAGGGUCAUUCCAGAGAUGUCUGUUGGAGCAAGGUUGACUGAUUCUCAUAAAAGGAUAUGAAUUGAAUGGUUUUAGCUAAGCCAAAAGAAAGGGGAUUGGUUGGGUUAAAUGUCAACAUGAUCAUCUCAGAACCCAGACAACGUAUGGUGUGUACUUGCCAUCUUAUGAGAGAUUUGAUCAAUGUGGAAGUCAUGGGUCUGGUAGGUAAAGUGCUACUCAAUUGGAAAGUUUUUGAUCUAAUCAGUUUUUCCCGUUGAAUCAAUCAAUAAACAAUAGAAUGCCAAGGUACUCCCUUCUAUAAACAUCAGUGAUUUAACAGAUUCACCUAGAUAGUAGAGUAGGUCAAUAAACUGUCCAAUCAGUUUUAGAGGAGUAACAAGAGGUGGGAGAGGCUUCUUCUGGAAUGACCCAGGUAUUUGCUUAACUGAGGGAACGUAUUACUACUGCUACUACUACUAUUAUGAUGAUGAUGAAUUAUGAUGACGAUAAUGAUUGCCAUUAUGACUAUUUCUAUUCUCCUAUAUGCUAUUGAUAUACGUAUAUAUGUUAAUUGCUAUGUAUAACUCUCUUUAUAAAUGUAUCCAUGUAUGAAUAUAAUACUUUACUGUAAACAGACGUAUGUGUAUGUUAAACAGGAAUGUCCAGCAGGCAGGCCAGACAGGGAAGAGUUCAUAGUUUACCUUGCUCAAACUGGUACGAAGAACAACUCGGUUCAGUUUUAACAUACUUGCUGACUGUGACCUCACUCCCCGUAAGUUGGUUACGUAACAGGAACACAAGCUAACAUAGCAUCAGUGUUCACAGGGCACCCUAGAUGACAGCAGACAGGUUACUGGACCAGGUUGUUGCUGAAGAUCUGAUUUGAUAUAGUCUUGGUUGCUUGAGGUUAGUGGAUUAUAGGGGAGUUGAGAUUGUAUGGAAGAUAAGGUUGGUCAGUCAGUCCAAUGGAAUGUGCUAGUGACACUUUGAAUUUCCAAAAGCCAUGUAAAUCGCUAAUGAUUGUUUUCCUGACUGCUACCGAGUGAGAUUAUAUAAUCAAUAAUACUCUAGUAUAAUUUAUUUAGUCAUUAACCCUGCUGGAACAACUCCAAGCAUAUAUUGACGUCUGUAUACAUCAGUAUAGCACCUUAUUCAAUAUAUACCUAUAUAAAAGUAUACAUACCCCUAUCAUAUAAUCCUACUUUCUAUGAUACAUAUAACUAUAAUUAUACUUAGACACCUGUAUAAUUAAUUUAGAUAAGCGGUUCUGGUUCUCUCUGGUUGUUUGAAAAGGUCAUAGUCUGAUUUCAUUGGUUAUGUGCACACCGUACUACAUAAGUCAUUGUAUCUGCUCUGUUACUAGGUUUUAGGGGCCUCCUUUGUCAUCACCACAGUGUGCUGUUACCAAACAAAGGGGUCAGAGACAGGAUGGCAUUUUAGAAGUGUUCAAUCAACAGCCUUUGUUGUUUUAACUGACUCAUGGUUGUAAACAAACAGUUAUAUCAGAAGGGUCAAUAAUAAUCUCAGGCCUUGUGCUUAGAGGGGACUGGAGGAACCGAAAAGCGGUCAGACCAGACUGUAUCCAAACCCACCAGAGAGAACUGCAUUCGAUCAUGAGACUGACUGAUUCGUCUUGGUUUAAGAAGAGGCUUUGACCCCAAAAAGCUUACAGUCAGAUGUUAAUUUCUCCUGUUGUCUUUCCAAGUAGAAGGCUGAAGACACUCUUGUAAACCUUGGUUCACUCCAUGUUCAUUAUUGCGCCACACAGGCAUUCCCUGUAUUAAAAAAAGAGAUACACUUAUGUGAAUUUUUACUCACCCAGCCACACCCACCCAUAGCCAUACUCACCCAGCCACACCCACCCAUAGCCACAAUGAGCUGAUAUUAAUUGACAUUAGCAUUUAUUGGAUUAUUUUCAACUAUUUGGAAUAGGAACCAGAGUUUUAAGUGAAAAACAAGGCCUCUAUUUGUGUUAACUCUGUUUUGUCUUUAUUUUCUCUUUUUUUUUUCUCCCUGGUUGGAAGUGAAUUACGAUGAUAAAUGGACCAAAUCUCUUGAAUGUGUUUAACAAUAAACAGUGUUUUAGAGA